CGUGCUGUCAAAUAAAGAACAAGAAGUUUUUUCGGAUUUUUUCAUCGUCUCGUUGCCUGUUUCGAAAAAUCGCCAUUUUGCAUGUGUCGGUUUCUAGUUCGCUAAGAAUGCUGUCGUUGAUGAAAAUAUGCAGUAUCUUUUGCGACAGAUGAAGGAUUUCGUUUAUUGAGGAUUGUUUUUGUGCCACAAAAUUGUUGCUUACCGGUAUAAUCCAUACGAAGUCGAGAAAGGUUUGCAGUAUCGAUUGAAAGUGGCAAAAAGGUCAAGUGAAAAUUUAUCCACUGAAGUUAACUAGUAAUUGGAUAUAAAAGCAUUGUUUAUAAAACGUGAAUUAACGUUUUGUUUUGCUUGUUAGUACGAAAAAGACGAAAAUGAUGUUUACGGGUACUAAUCAACAGCAGGAUACGCGUUUCAGCGAUAAAGAAAAGAAACUGUUGAAGCAGAUGAAAUUUGGGGAUAAUUUAAACAAACGCGUUGAUAUGUCCAAGGUAAAAUUGGAUGUACUUCGGCCGUGGAUCAGCAAGAAAAUUACCGAUAUGCUAAAUAUUGAGGAUGAUGUGAUUGUGGAGUUUGUCUACAAUCAGCUGGAGGAAGAAAAGUAUCCCUGUCCUAAGAAGAUGCAAAUCAACAUGACUGGCUUUUUGAAUGGUAAAAACGCUCGCGUGUUUAUGGAAGACUUGUGGACCUUAUUACUGUCAGCACAGGAGUCUGAAAGCGGAAUUCCUGCGGAAUUUAUAGAGCAGAAAAAAGAGGAGAUAAUGAAGAGAGAAGAGGAGUCUAAAUUGUUGGACGAAAUUAGGUCACGAAGAUCACGCAGUCGUGGAGGAAGUCGCGAGAGGGACGAUCAUAGAAAAUCGAAGAGAGAAUCACGUCCCAUGUACAAACCGGAACCGGACGACUAUCUCGAUGAUGAAGAGAAAAUGAUAGAAGAUUUCAUUGAAGCGGAUGUUCCAAUUUCAAAGGAUAAGGAGAAUAAGAAACCGACCGAAGAGUCCAAGCUAGGUGCGGAAGACCACGGGAUGGAAAAGAACUCCAAAAAAUCACCGGAAAAAUCACGGGAAUCUCGAAAAUCAACCGAGAAAAAUCGUCGAAGAUCUCGGGACCGCUCGCGUUCCCGUGAUCGUCGUCGUUCCCACGACAGGCACUCAUCUAGAGAUAAAAAGUCUUCGCGGGACCGUAAAUCAUCUCGUGAUCGAAAAUCUUCUCGUGAUCGAAAGUCUUCGCGUGAUCGAAAAUCCUCACGAGAACGGAAGUCAUCACGGGACCGGCGCCGGUCAAGAUCUCCUCGUCGGUCACCGGAUCGGUCCAAGAAAAGAAGCCGUUCUCCGGACCGAUCUAAGAAACGUAGCCGUUCUCCAGAUCGAUCCAAAAAACGAAGCCGAUCACCGAAAAUCAAACGGGAUCGCGAUGUUCGUGAUCGGAAGCGCUCACGAAGCUCAUCCCGUGGCAAGAAGAUUGAACCGAAGGAGAAACCAACAGACAAUGGUUCAAUGUCAAAGCUACAGUCAAAGCUAAUGAACUUUGCAGAGGGUAAAAAAAUAUCACCUGCGGUCAAGCGUCACAGCCACAGUCGCUCAACAUCACGUUCUCGAUCCAGAUCCAGGUCCCGGUCGGUAAGCCGAAAGAAGAGUGUUAGUUCGCAUUCUCGGUCCAGAUCGAAGUCCAAACCAAAAUCCUCCAAAGGGGAUAGGAAAUCACGUUCGCGCUCCAGACGAUCGCCGAGUUCGGCAUCAUCACGGUCAUCCUCUAGCAGUCGCAGUGGUGAUCGUGCGAAAAAACCAGUCUCAGCCAACAUCGAUAAGAAGCUACGUAACGAUAAAAGUCGCAGUAGAAGCCGCAGUCGUAGCCACAGUCGUAGAGACACUUCAAGAUCCAGAAGUCGAUCUCGCAGCAGCAGAUCAUCAUCACGUCCAAAGAAACCGAACGAUUUCGAAAUACAAAAGAAGGAAGACAGCAUCCAGAAGAAACGUCACUAUCGAUCGAACAAGGACUCAUCGGGUUCGGAGUCGGAUCGUGGUGGAAGAAGUACCACUAGAAAGGGCGAUCGAGGUCGUCGCUCUCCCAGAGGCAGAAAGGAUCGCUCCAGAUCCAGACAUCGAUCCAGGUCUCGCAACCGUUCGCGCUCCCGGAAUCGUUCCCGUUCGCCAAGACGCUGGUCGCGUUCACCGAGAGACAACCGUGGACGAUCAAAUCGUGAUAAAGCCGGUGUCGGUGGUGGACGAGGUGGCAGAGGAGGUAGGGGUGGAAGUGUAACCAACAGCGGAGGUCGACGUCAAUCACCUAAACGAGGAGAUGGAGGAAGAAACGGACCUGGUGGUGGUGGUGGUGGUCGUGGUGACCGUGGUGGUGGUGGUGGAUCUUCAGGAGGUUAUCAGUCGUCAUCUCGCCAGAGAGCGGAAAGUCCUCCGUCUCGUGAGUAUAACAGCUACAACCGACGUUCGUCGCGAGAGAGACAGGGUAACCAGUGGCGUCGUUCGGAUGACCAGCAACAAUCUGGUCGGCCUGCAAUGGGACCUCCGGGUUCGAGGUUUGAUGACAGACGCGGUAGUACAAACAACAGUCAGCCAAGUAGAGAUCAAACUGAUAACAGAAGGAAACCGGUCGAAGGCAGACCCAGUUGGGGUGAUGAAAGAAAGCCCGCUAGCGGCAAAGUGUUGGAUACUUUAGAUUCGGGAGAGCUUUGGGAUGAUGGAGACGCUGCUCCAAUUAUCAGCGAUUUCAAACCGACAAAAGAGAGGAAACGUGAUUCUGAUUAUGAAGAUACCAAGAAAAUAUCCAAAAAACCGGAAGUCACUAAAAAGGAAGAACCUAAGAAAGAAGUAGUGAAGGUCGAAGAAAAGAAACCAGCCGUUAGACCGAGGUAUAGCAGCAGUUUAUCGAGAACUCCAUCACCUUUCCUGAAGCCACACGAGCGUGCUGCAGCGGCUGUUGCAGCCAAUGCUGCUGCGUCUACAGUAAAAACGGCAUCCGCUUCCAACAGCCUAACUUCGGUUGGAAGUUCUACAACGAACAAGGAGGAGAAAUCGGCUUCCAAGGCUAAUACAGCACCUACCGCUGGCAGUAAGGGUAAAACCAAAGUCAGCAAUAAUAACAAAAAAGAAACCAGUGACAGCGAAAGUUCUGCCAGUAGCAGCGAAACAGAAGAGGAGGAGAAGCCCAGCAAGAAGAAGUUGAAGAAGAAACAACCUAAAAAACGAAGACAUUCUUCGUCAUCUAGCGAAGAUGAAUCAUCCAAGGACAGUGAUCAGGAUGAGGAACCACCGAAGAAAGCCACAAAACAAGAUGCAGCCGCGGCGCUCCAAGAGGAACGUAAACGAUCCGCAAAGUUGGAGAAGGAAAAAGAAGCUGCCGCCGCAGCAGCUGCGGCUGCGGCUGCUGCUGCCGCUCAAGCUGCUGCUGCAGCUGCGGCUUCCGCGGCUGCUGCAAAAGUACGAGACGAAAGCAUCAAGAAACGCAAGCAUACCAGUAAUUCUGAGUCUAAACCUACCGAGGAAAAGAAAGUCGUUACGAAAGAUGUCAAGGUUAAGAAGAUUGAAAAACCUUCAUCUUCCUCGUCGAGCGAUUCAGAAUCUGACCGAUUGAAGAAAAAACGCCGCAAAGAUAAGAAAAAGAAGGAGGUUUCCGAAGGAAGUUCUUCCGAAUCUGAUGGCAAGAAGAAGAAACACAAGAAACAUAAGAAGCAUACUAAGAAGCACAAGAAACACAAGAAACAUAAGAAAAUCAAGAGCAAACGUGACAGUAGUUCUUCGUCCGACGAAGACGAGGACGUACGUGGCCCGGCUGUCAAUGACGACCUGGAGAAACAAUUGCGAGAACGAGCUCUCAAGUCGAUGAAAAAACAACAAAGUAUUUCCGACUAAGGCAGACAUCGACGAUGAUGGUUCCGCUAUGGUAAGGACAAAUUUUACUAGCUGUAGAAUUACAUUUUAGGGUAUGAUAAUUGGGAUUUUCAAUGAUUUACAAAGCGAAUGAUUGUAAUGUUGAACAAUAAAUUGAUAUUCAUUCUACUUCCUAGAAUCGUAGGUACUUGCGCUAUUUUUUUAUGUUCCUUGAUUGCUAAUGAGUUCAUAUCUGGGUGCAGACAACAGGACGUUAUGUUGAGUUAUCAAAGGCAUGUAUUUUUCAAUGCAAAAUUAUAGUCCUGCCUGUUUUAUGCUAUAGUUCCUUCCUAGAAUUUCACAAGUUGUUGGACUUACGGUAGGACGUCUGUGAACAACUGGAUGGAACGCUACAGACGACGAAAUACCUUUCAAAUAUGCAUUACAUUAAUCAAGAUAAACCAUGUUCGGGUAACACAUUGUCGUGAACCAUUUCAGCAUACUAUACAACACGAUUAAGAAACAUAAUAAAUAUUUCAAAAGUCAAA